UUUCAACAUUUUAUUUCCUCAGGAGCACCGUGAGCAGACAUGUGACUGGAUCCUUCUAUAGCUUUAAAACUUGUGAAAAACUUCUCCCAACACGCUUUUCCUGUCCUCUGUCAGAGCAAAAACAGGCUGUGGUGAUCAUUUCCAGCGCUGGACAAAAGUUUUAUCUGCUCUUAAAAGGUUUAAGACACCCAACAGAUGGAGUUACCACCUCGACCUACACUGUUUGACUUCCAUGGAGUCGCCAUGACCAAAUACUUUACUGACAACUGGGUUAACAUACAGAGCUUCAAAGCAAGGCCAGAUGAUAUUGUGUUGGUGAGCUAUCCAAAAGCAGGGAACACAUGGGUCUCUUACAUCCUGGACCUUUUGUACUUUAGCCGAACAUCACCUGACCGACAAAACUCUGUCCCACUUCAUGAAAGGGUGCCGUUCCUAGAGAUCAGCAUACCUGGGUUCCCCUCUGGAGUGGAUGAGCUCAAUUCAAUAAACAGCUUUCCACGCAUUAUCAAGACACACCUGCCGGUCCAGUUUCUUCCCCAAUCCUUCUGGGAGCAAAAUUCUAAGAUAAUCUAUGUGGCCCGUAAUGCCAAGGACACAGUUGUGUCAUACUUUCAUUUCGACCGCAUGAAUAAGGCCCAACCAGAGCCUGGAGAUUGGAGCAGUUACCUGCAGAGAUUCAUGGAAGGAAAAAUGGUGUUUGGUUCCUGGCACGACCACGUGCAAGGCUGGUGGGAGAAGAGAAAGAGCAGCUCCAACAUCCUGUAUCUGCUCUACGAGGAUCUGAUCGAGGACACCGAACGAGAACUCAGCCGGCUCUGCUCCUUCCUGGAGCUGGCCCCCAGCACGGACCUGAAGAAAGAAGUGGAAGAAAAAUCUCUGUUCAGCAACAUGAAACACAACAAGAUGGCCAACGGCUCAGCUGACGAAGUCCUCGAUUUUAAGAUCUCCCCUUUCAUGCGCAAAGGAAAAGUUGGUGACUGGAAGAACCAUUUCACUGUUAACCAGGAUGAACAGUUUAAUGAAGACUAUGUGAAGAAGAUGAGAAGUACCGACCUUCACUUUCGCACAGUUCUGUAGCCACUCUCACUUGUAACAAAUAUAAACGACUGAACCCAAAU